AUGACAUUGAGUAGCAAGUAUCAUCACGGUGUUUCUGUGCUUUGCAGAAUCUCUGCAGAUGGUGUAGAUAUUGUCCUGGAUUGCCUUUGCGGUGAAAAUACUGGUAAAGGCCUCAGUCUACUCAAACCACUUGGGACUUACAUUUUAUAUGGCUCAUCAAACAUGGUUACUGGGGAAACCAAAAGUUUCUUUAGCUUUGCAAAAUCAUGGUGGCAAGUGGAGAAAGUAAACCCUAUCAAACUUUACGAAGAGAACAAAGUCAUGGCUGGAUUUUCUCUGUUGAACCUGCUUUUCAAACAGGGCCGAAGUAGCCUUGUCACUAAAGUAAUGGACAAUCUCAUAAAACUUUACAACGAGAAGAAGAUCAAACCAGUGGUUGAUUCACUGUGGGCGCUGGAAGAGGUAAGGACUUUUAUCUUUUUCCUUCUCUGAUACGUUUGUUUUGGU